GCUUGACGUUGAGCAGACUUGGCUGCAACCAGAAGAUUAACAAUCAACAUGAUCGCAGCCAUAUUUAACCCCAAGAGCGCAUUGUCACUCACAAACCACAACACAAUCAACGUCUCAGCUUCCAGAACCUCCGGACAAACAAGCUGCACGAAACACCGCCAUGUCCAGCCUCCAGUACUACACCUACGGCGGCACCGGCCAAGUCCUCAAGGACAAAUACCACUACAACCAAGCCGUGCGCAUAGGCAACCGCAUCGAGUGUUCCGGCCAAGGCGGACUCGACCCGCAAACAGGCGCCAUCCCGAAAGAGCUCGCCGCCGAGAUCGACGCCGCCUCCGCGCUCGUCGACCGCGCGCUCAAGGCCACUGGUGCGCAGGGCUGGAACCAGGUCUUCCGCGUCAACUCGUACCACGUCGGCUUAGGGGCCGAGACGAUGGACGCGAUGGUCAGGAAUUUUAGGACGUGGAUGCCGCAUCAUUGCCCUGUUUGGACGUGCGUUGCUGUGCCGAGGCUUGUGCCUGAUGGGGCGAGGGUCGAGGUUGAGGUUGUGGCUUUUGAUGGGGAGGGGUCGGGUGCGGUGGAUGGUUGA